AUGAACGUGAUGAUCGCAACAAAAACCGAUUUGUACGACUUGGAGAAAUUUUGGAAAAUAGAGUCACUGGCUACCGAGAAAAUUGACUCCACAAAGUUAGAAGAACAGAUGGAUAUUCUAAAGACUUAUGAAGAGAAACAAAUUCGUUACCAUGACAACAGAUAUUUUGUAACGUUACCAUGGAAAGAGGAUCACCCUACGUUACCGACAAAUAAAGCCAUUGCACAACAAAGGACGGAAAGUGUAGUAAGAAGACUUAGCAAAGAACCCAAACUAUUGGAAAAAUAUGGAGAAAUAAUGGCUGACCAGGAGAAAAGGGGCUUCAUAGAGAAAGUGCAUACUACUAAUGAGGCCGAUGAAAAGAGCAAAGUACACUAUAUUCCGCAUCAUGCUGUGAGAAAAGAUUCAACUACAACACCAAUCAGGGUCGUAUUCGACUGCAGUUGUAAAGCAACACCAGAAUCGUCUAGUCUUAAUGAUUGUUUGAUGACCACUCCACCCAAUUUAAAUGACUUAGUCGGCAUACUUUUAAGAUUUCGUUUACACCAAUUUGCCGUUACUACUGAUAUAGAGAAGGCGUUCUUGAACGUGGGACUAGAGACACAGGAUAGAGAUGUCACACGUUUCUUUUGGUUCGAUACACCAACAGACCCAUCAACUCCACUAUCAACUUACCGAUUUAAGUCUGUAUUAUUUGGAGCCACUUCAUCGCCAUUCAUACUGAAUUCCGUUCUACAAAAACACUUGAGAGAGAACCGUUGUGAAUAUACUGACACUUUAAAGAACGAUUUGUAUGUUGAUAAUAUACUGUCGAGUUUUCCUACAGAGAGUGCAUUACUGAAAUAUUUUGAUACAUCAAGAGACUUAUUCACUAGAGCAGGAUUUAACUUGCGCUCAUGGGCUUCAAAUUCUCAACUUUUGCGAGAACGCGCAAAUUCACACAACGUAUUAGACAAAGAUGAACUCAUAAAAGUGCUUGGAUUGAGAUGGAACACUUGUAACGACACACUUACUUUCGCCAAACCGGAAUACAUCGAUAUUGAAGAUACACGUAUGACAAAACGAGAGAUUUUAAGACAAUCGUCUAAAAUCUAUGAUCCACUCGGACUUAUUGGUCCAGUUACUGUGCGUAGUAAGAUGCUUAUGCAGACUUUGUGGGAGAAAGGAUUAAAUUGGGAUGAACCUCUUACAUCUGAAAUUACAACAGAAUGGAAGUGUGUACUAAAAGAUAUUAAUGAAUGUUCACAUUUGGAAAUUAAUAGACCGUAUUUCAAAGAAAAAUCAGACAAUGUAGAAUUACAUGUGUUUACGGAUGCAAGCUUGAAAGCCUAUGGAGCAUUCGCAUAUUUAGUCAGUGGAAAAGAAACCGUACUUAUCAUGUCAAAGAAUCGAGUGACACCACUGAAACAGUUAACAAUUCCGAAGUUAGAACUCAGUGCAGCUUUGAUAGGCGCAAGACUCGUCAGGCAUUUGAAAUCACACUUGGAUGUUACAAGCGUCACAUUAUGGAGUGACAGUCAGAUAACUUUAAGUUGGCUUACUACUGAGAAACAAUUACCCGUUUUCGUUAGUAAUCGAGUGAAGGAAAUUAACGAAAUUACGCAAGAAUACACAUGA